CAGGAAUGCAGCGAGGAAAAGGGAGAGUAAGGAAGAGGAUCACUUUUUCUCAUGUGGCCACAUUUGCUCCAAACUCACUGCUCCGGCCGUUUUCACCAAGAGUGUUAUGUCUGUAGAUGUAUUUAGUUUAAAGUGUCUUUAAGCUCAAACGCCAGCACCAGUCUCUGAGGAUUACUGAGCAGAGCAGAGAGAGAUCUUCACAGCGACUGCAUCUGCACCAUGGGCUGCAACAAGGUGCUGUUGGCGGUGGUGGGGGCGGCUGUCGUCAUCACGUUGAUCACCAUUCCAUCAGUCUAUUUCAGCAAGUCUGCUGUCAUCAAAAGGCCGUACUCCUUCGAGGAUUACUUCAAUGACACCAUAAGGUGGAGAUCCUACGGUUUAUAUUGGAUAUCAGAUAAAGAAUAUCUGCAUAAGGCGAGCGAUGGGAAUAUCUUUCUCCACAACGCAGAAACAAAAGAGGAGUCCAUAUAUUUGAGCAAUUCAACCUUUGACCAAGUGGAUGCCACAGAUUACAUGCUGUCUGGUGAUUAUAUAUACGUCGCUUUUGAAAGCAAUUUCACAGAGAAAUGGAGACAUUCAUUUACGGCCUCGUACACCAUCUAUGACAGGGAGCGUUCGACAUUUGUUACGCCUGCGAAUCUUCCAAAUGUGGUGCAGUACUUUUCCUGGGCCCCAAAAGGAAGCCAAUAUGUUUACGUCUCAGACUUCAACAUUUUUUACAAAUCUGGUGUCACUGCUGAAGCCAUCCAAGUGACUCACAAUGGCAAAAAGGAUGAGAUCCUCAAUGGCAUCCCAGACUGGGUGUAUGAGGAGGAAGUGUUUGCAUCGAACGGGGCCAUAUGGUGGUCGUCAACCGGGAAGUUCUUUUCUUACCUGGAGUUAAAUGAUACAGAUGUUCACAAAGUGGAGUACACCUGGUAUGGAUCCGAGCAAUAUCCUCAAACCGUGGCUGUACCGUACCCUAAGGCUGGAUCGACCCUGACCAAGGUGAAACUGUUUGUGGUUGACACCAGGAAUCCAACCCUCCGCACACAGGUGCCGGCUCCUGCGUCCAUUUCUUCAGGUGAUCACAUUUUGUGCUCAGUGACCUGGGUUACAGACGAACGCUUCGCGGUGCAGUGGCUCACGAGGAAGCAGAAUUACGUGGUCGUGCAGAUCUAUGACCUCGAUGGAAGCAUCUGGAGAGAAAUGCAGAAAUUUGAGCAAACAAGCAAAACUGGAUGGGUCGGCCAUUAUGUGCCUUUACCUCUUUUCUUUGCUGAGGAUAAACUCAGUUUCUACAAAGUGAUGAGCGACACUCAGGGCUACAAGCACAUUCAUUUUGUAAAAGAUGGCAAAGCAACACCGAUCACCUCCGGGAAGUGGGAAGUCAUCUACAUCUCCAAAUUAACCAGUGAUGCCAUAUAUUUUGUGAGCAAUGAGUACCAAGGAAUAGCCGUAAAGAGAAAUCUUUACAAACUUCUGAUUGGAAGCAGCUCCUCUGCCCCUCAGUGCCUCAGCUGCGACCUGCACCAGAACAGGUGUCAGUACAACUCGGCUUACUUCAGCCUGGACGCCUCUUUCUACCGAAUGGACUGCUCCGGACCUGGAUUGCCCCUCUACACACUCAUGGACAACAGGGGCCAAGGUGCACAGAUAUCCAUCCUAGAAGACAACAAGGACUUGGAAAAUGUCCUGUCCGAAUUCCACAUGCCCACGAUGCAGUACGGCACACUGAAGGUUGCAGGAUUUGAUCUGUGGUACCAAAUGAUGCUGCCGCCAAAUUUUAAGAAAUCAAAGAAAUACCCUCUUCUCAUUGAUGUGUACGGCGGCCCGUGCAGUCAGAGGGUGAGCUACCGGUUCAAGCUGAACUGGGGCACGUACCUCUCCAGUUCACACGGGAUCAUAAUCGCCAGCUUCGAUGGAAGGGGGAGCGGUUACCAGGGCGACGCAAUUAUGCACGCGAUCUACAAGCGCCUCGGGACGUUCGAGGUGGAAGAUCAGAUAACUUCUGUGAGGAAAUUCAUUGACAUGGGUUUUAUCGACAAAGACAGAAUAGCCAUAUGGGGCUGGUCAUACGGUGGUUAUGUUACCUCAAUGGCCUUGGGAGCUGGAACUGGAGUCUUCAAGUGUGGAAUCGCAGUGGCUCCAGUAGCCAAGUGGGAUUAUUAUGAUGCGGUGUACACUGAACGCUACAUGGGCACACCUACAGAGAAUGCAGACGCUUACAAAAAUUCCACAGUGACAGCCAGAGCAAAGAACUUCAAAAAUGUGAACUAUCUAUUGAUUCAUGGCACAGCCGACGACAACGUCCACUUCCAGCAGGCAGCACAGAUUUCCAAAGCCCUGGUGAACGAGCAGGUGGACUUUGAGACGAUGUGGUAUACUGACAAAGACCACGCUCUCAGCGGACCGGCCUACCAUCACAUGUACAACGUCAUGAGCCACUUCCUGCAGAAAUGUCUCCUCAAUCCCAAAUAGAUGUGAAGAGCGUGAAGGCUUUUUAAAAUGAAGAUUACCACAGUGUUUUUUGUUCACUGUUGUGUUGCAGUAUCUCACUGAUAUUCGGAAGCGUCAGGUCGAUCCACUUGUUGUCAUUUUUAUGUGCAAAUAAUAUUUACUGCUUGUACAAAUGAGAGUUUGUAUUUUGUGUGGAACUUUUUCAAGAUAGUUGUUGUUUAAAUUUUAAUAAAUACAAUUGCAUGCAUUUAUAGUCAAAGACAAUUUGUGAAUAAGACGGCAAAGUGUCUAAUUUGCUCUGCCCUGAUUCAAAUGUUUGGGUAGAGUGGGAACAUUUGUCAUGUUGUAAUGAAAGUAAAAUAAACAUUGUUUGAACAAAAA